UUAAAGUCAGUGUUACAGGAGUCCAGCGUUCGUCUCUGCUAGCUUUCGUUAUAUGGUUUUUCGUAGAAGAUAAAUCGAACAAAACAUUUUGGGAUACGGAUUUUAGAAAUUGAUAAAGCUGUGAAGUGUAAUACAGAUAAAGCAUUGUUGCAAGUUCUGGCAGAUAUGGGGACUUCGUUUGACUGCGCAAGCAAGGCAGAGAUUGAAGCAGUUUUAAAGCUUGGCGUAUCUCCAACUCGUAUUGUUUAUGCACAUCCAUGCAAGCCUAUUUCAAGUUUACAUUUUGUGAAAAGCCGAGAAGUGUCUUUGAUGACGUUUGACACUGUAAAUGAACUUCACAAAGUGAAAGUGUCUUACCCAUUAGCAAGGUUGCUCCUACGAAUACUCCCAGAGCAAGAAUUCGAUGCAAGAUUUAAGCUUGGAGACAGAUUUGGCUGCUCCGUCACAGAGACUCCGGAAAUACUUCAGUCGGCCAAAGACCUUAAUCUGAACGUUGUUGGAGUAUGCUUUCACGUUGGAGGUGACAUACGGAAUCCCAAAGCAUUUAUUUCCAUUCUGCAACAAUCUAGAACGGUUUUUGACAUUGCCCGCAUGAUGGGAUUUAACAUGAAAAUCCUAGAUAUUGGAGGAGGAUUUCCAGGACAACAGAACACCGUCAGACGCUUUAAAGAAGUCAGUAAAAUCAUUUUUGAUUCCAAACAAAUAUCUAUAAAAAGCAACGAAAUUAUUAUAGCUGAUAUUGAGUCUAUUUUAUCUAUGGAAACGGGAAAUGUAAGUGAAUGGCUUAUUGACAACAAGCUUUCACUCCAUCUUGGUAAAACAGAGUCUAUUCUCUUUGGGUCUAAGCCUAGGUUAAAGACACAAAAUGCUUUAAAUGUUUCUUGUAAUGGUACAAACAUUCAAGCAACCAGUUCAGUGAAGUAUCUGGGUGCUACAUUAGACCAAAAUCUUUCCGGUCCCAAGCAUGGACACGGGUAUGAAAAGAUCGAAGGAAAUGUGACGACUUACUUUCUGAAUGACAGUAUUUUUGGGAACUUCUUAGUUGGUGGGAUGCGCCAUGUUGGAUCUGUGAUACAUAGCCCCAAGGUUAUAAAGUCUAAAGAAGACCAGGCGUACUAUGAAAGUGAAUUGUUAGGGUCUACACUUGUUCCCGGAGAUUGCAUAAACAGAUCAGUAAUGUUACCCGAACUUAAUGUCGGUGAUUGGCUUUACUUCGAGGACAUGGGUGCUUACACUCUCAGUGUGGCUACAAUAUUUAACGGGCUGGACACAACUGCAAUGAAUUACCAUUGCUUGGAAGAGUUGUGGUACCAAGUGUAUCCGGAAGGCAAGUCGAACGAAAAGUCGAUCACAUGAUUAUCCCAGUGAACACACAAAUUACAUAUAUCCAUGGAUGAUAAAAACUACUUUCUUUCGUUAUUUACAUUGUAAUCCAUGAAGUAAAU